AUGUGCAGACACUUUGGAGUCGACGACCACUCCGCCAUGGACGUCUCCAAGGGUCGCGAGGUGCUGCCCACCAAUGUCAAGCCUGUGCACUACGACUUGACCUUGGAGCCGGACUUUGAAAAGUUCACCUACACUGGUACCGUGACAAUUGAUCUGGAUGUCGUCGACGACACCACAUCCGUCACCCUCAACACCAACGAACUCAAGAUCCACUCCACCAAGAUCACAGCCGCCCAGCAGGUCAUAUCAGAAGCUCCCACCGUCAGCACCGAUGAAGAGGCACAAACAACCAAGGUCAGCUUCGACCAGACCAUCCCCCGCGGUAGCAAGGCGCAGCUCACCAUGACCUUCUCGGGCAUCCUCAAUGACAACAUGGCUGGCUUCUACCGUUCCUCGUUCAAGGCCGAGGAUGGCUCCACCACAUACAUGGCCACGACCCAAAUGGAGCCCACCGAUGCCAGGCGUGCAUUCCCCUGCUUCGACGAGCCGGCCCUCAAGGCUAAAUUCACAGUGACACUUGUCGCCGACGAGAAAAUGACAUGCUUGAGCAACAUGGACGUGGCUUCGGAGAAACAGGUUGACAGUGCCAUUUCAGGCGGAAAGCGCAAGGCUGUUACCUUCAACCCCACACCACUCAUGUCGACAUAUCUUUUGUGCUUCAUUAUCGGAGAGCUCAACUACAUCGAGACCAACAAUUUCCGUGUCCCAGUGCGAGUAUAUGCGCCAAAGGACAGAGACAUUGAGCACGGCCGCUUCUCCCUGGAGCUUGCAGCAAAGACGCUCGAUUUUUACGAAAAGACCUUCGACAGCGCUUUUCCCCUACCCAAGAUGGACAUGGUAGCUAUUCCAGACUUCAGUGCUGGUGCCAUGGAGAACUGGGGUCUUAUCACCUACCGUGUGGUUGAUGUGCUCAUUGACGAAAAGGUCAGUGGCGCCGCCACCAAGCAGCGCGUAGCCGAGACUGUGCAACACGAACUCGCACAUCAGUGGUUCGGCAAUCUUGUCACCAUGGACUUCUGGGAUGGCUUGUGGCUCAACGAGGGUUUUGCGACAUGGAUGUCGUGGUACUCCUGCAACGUCUUCUACCCUGAUUGGAAGGUGUGGGAAGGUUACGUUACUGACAAUCUCGCAAGCGCACUCUCCCUUGACUCCCUGCGCAGCAGCCACCCCAUUGAGAUUCCAGUCAAGCGUGCAGACGAAAUCAAUCAGAUUUUCGAUGCCAUUUCGUAUUCCAAGGGCUCUAGCGUCAUUCGCAUGAUUUCCAAGUGGGUUGGCGAGGAGACCUUCAUGGAGGGCAUUCGCCAGUACCUCAAGAAGCAUGCUUACGGCAACACAGAGACGGGCGAUCUCUGGGCUGCUUUGGCUAAGGCUAGCGGCAAGGAUGUUGGUAAGGUCAUGGACAUCUGGACCAAGAAGGUCGGUUACCCUGUGGUCGCCGUCACCGAGGGCACCGACUCGAUCCAUCUCAAACAGAACCGUUUCCUCCGCACUGCCGAUGUCAAACCCGAAGAAGACCAGACUCUGUACCCCGUCUUCCUCGGACUUCGGACCAAGGAUGGUGUUGAUGAAGACUUGACCCUCUUCGAUCGCGAGGCCGACUUCAAGCUCAAGGAUAUGGAUUUCUUCAAACUGAAUGCGGACCACUCUGGAUUGUACCGAACUUCGUAUACGCCAGAACGACUACGCAAGCUUGGCAUCGCUGCGAAAGAGGGUCUCCUCACUGUUGAAGACAGGGCCGGUAUGAUUGCUGAUGCUGGUUCGCUGGCUGCAUCCGGGUACCAAAAGACGUCUGGAAUCCUCUCACUGCUUGACAGCUUCAAGGACGAGGCUGAAUUCGUUGUUUGGGGAGAAAUUUUGUCGCGCAUUGGAGUGCUUCGAGGCGCCUGGAUGUUCGAAGACGAAAAGACCAGGGAUGCUUUGAAGAAGUUCCAACUCGAUCUAAGCGCCGAAAAGGCACACGAGUUGGGAUGGGAAUUCAAUGAAAAUGACGGACAUAUUCAGCAGCAGUUCAAGGGCCUCAUGUUCGGCGCUGCCGGCAUGGCUGGUGACGAGAAGAUCACCAAAGCCUGUUUCGACAUGUUUGCCAAGUUUAAAGCGGGCGACAAGUCCGCCAUUCAUCCCAACAUUCGUGGGAGUGUGUAUGCCAUUGUACUAAACAAUGGUGGCGAAGAAGAGUACAAUGUCAUUGUGAACGAGGCUAGAAAUGCAGCGACAAGUGACGAGCGCAACUCUGCUCUUCGGUCGCUGGGACGGGCCAAGUCACCAGAGCUCAUGAAGCGCACGCUUGAUAUGGCGCUCAGUGACGAUGUCAAGGGCCAAGACAUCUAUCUUCCCAUUGGAGCACUGAGAACGCAUCCAGCAGGAUGCCAUGCGCUCUGGAAUUGGGUCAAGGACAAUUGGGCAGAACUAGAGCGCAGGCUUCCCCCAAGUCUGAGCAUGCUCAGCUCCGUCGUGUCUAUCACGACGUCUUGCUUCACGCACCGUGAGCACGUUGAGGACAUUGAGGCCUUUUUCAAGAACAAGAGCACAAAGGGCUUUGACAUGGCGCUUUCUCAGAGCCUGGACAGUAUCAAUGCAAAGGCUGCAUGGGUUGUGCGGGAUUCGGAGGAUGUGAAUUCUUGGCUCAAAGAACACAAGUACCUGCAGUAA